GGUUCGGACAUUUUAUAAUAGAAGUUCGCGCUGAUAGAACUAAGUGUAGAGAUAAAACUAAGCAUAUAGUACAUGCUUCGCGAAGGCAAUGAAACCAGCACACAACUAAAUGCUUCUGAUAGUGAUAGUGAAUUUCAUAUUGAGAGAGAAAAAUAAAAUAAUAUGCUGCUUGAGACAACCGGAACCAAUUAUCAGCGAUAAAUAUUUUUAUUAAGUUAAUUGCAACGUUACUAAUCAAAAAAUAAAUAUUGGUUUGACAACAACAAACGCGAGGGCGUACCUACAAGUGAAUUAAAUUUAAUAAUACUUGAGUCCAACGACUUUUAGAUUAAUUAAAUUACAAGCAGUUGUCUAGACUUUUAACAGGAGUGACAAUAACAGAUGUCAUAUCUAUGUAUACAUGCUCACAUUAUGAAAUCACUUAACCUUUUACAAUGAUCACUUUAUUUUUCCUGUUAAAUUAAUUUCGUUAUUUUUUCAUAAAAAUAUAGUUCGUAAUAUAAUAAGUGACUAUGUACUGCGGCAGCACAAGUGCAUGUACAUUUGUAUAUAUUUACGUUAUACCUCAAAACUAAAUUUGAGAAACAGAGAUAACGCAAAACUAUAACUCAACAUUUAUAAGAAUUAGGAAAGGCAACUAAAAAGCAAGCCCCGUACUUGAGGCGUCACUUCACCCAUUUGUUUCGAAUUAUUUUAGUGAUGACAACAGAAACACUCAAGCCGUUUAUAUCCGCACCAUGCUGUGCUGAUAAUUCUUCAUUGAUGCUUCCAAGAACAGCGGCACGCUGUCAACACAGCUCCAACCUCAGUUCGAUCAUUUUAAGGACAUUAACUCUGGUUUUGAGUUUACUUUUGUUAGGUUUUACGAUUUGGCAUUUUCAACGUAUUUCCCAUUUGGAAACUGAAGUUAAACAGUUGGACAAAGUCAUACUCAGCAUGCAGAAACGUUUGGACUUAACAAAUUUAGAUGACGAAGACGAUUAUCGAAAGUAUAAUCGAGUGUUUGUUGAUAAAAAAACAAUAUUGGACGAUGACGACGAGAAAUUAAUCGAUAAGGAAGAUGAUGAAGACAUCGACGACCAUGAUUAUGACAAUGAAUACGAUUAUGAGGAUUUUAGAAAGAAAUUAGCUGCUUUGAACUUUGAGGAUGAAAAUGAAAAUGAAGACGAUAUUAUUGUAGCUAAUGCAGAUUUAAAUGAAGAGAAAGAUGAUGAAAGUGAAGAGGAAAUGGACAUACCUGAAGAUGGAGAUGUGUUUAAUGACUUUUCCAAAUUCAAUGCUACCCGGAAGAAAAAGAUGAGCGUGCGCAAAUCUCGUUCUAUUUCACCAGAAUACUCCAACAAAGAGCAGGUAAAAAAAGAUAAUUAUAAAAUCGGAAGAAACAGAAGCAAUAAUGCAAAACAAUCACAUAAUCAGGAAGGGAAGAUGUUGGUGCUUAGACGACCCUCUCAAGGCAGCAAAGCGGAUGGCAAAAUUGAGCCCGGAAGGUCUACAAAAGAACAAAUGGGACCAAAACGUUCUCACAGGCGUAAUUUGGAUGAUCGUAGAUAUAAAACUGCUAUUGUAAAAAAUGCUAAGUCCACGCGACAAAUACAGGCCACUUCCAAUAACCCAGCGGCACAUUUUCAUUUAAAUCGUAAAAUACCAGACCGCUAUGCUAGCAUUAAAGUCGAUUCAUAUUCUGGUGACAUGUACAUCGGCCACCCAAGUUGGUCAAAUGAAAUUGACGUGGAUAACUACUUCAAAGUAGAGAAUGGCAUAUUAACCGUGCAUGAACCGGGUCUUUAUUACGUAUACGCUCAGGUGUGCUAUAACAAUACCCACGACCAAAAUGGUUUUGUAAUAUUCCAUGGUCAUAAGCCAUUCCUUCAAUGUUUAAACACAGUACCGACAAAUAUGCCGCACAAGAUACACACGUGCCAUACCAGCGGACUUAUCUUUCUCAAGGAGAGUGAAACAAUUCAUUUGCGCGAUUUCCAUAGUGAUCGAAAUGUCAUUUUGAAGGAUGCCAAUAAUCGCAGUUACUUUGGACUGAUAAAAAUAUAAUAAUCAAAGUGAACAAAGGCGAUGAUUUAGUAAUCCAAUAUGUAUGUACGAAUGUAAGAAUACUGCAAUGAUAUUGUAAAGCAAAUAAUGAUCAUUAUCAAGAGUGGAUCCUGCUUUGAGGGCCGUGAAAUUACCAUUUGAAUUUAAUCAAAUCCGUCGUGAAAACGGUAGAACUGAAAGAGAUCGUAAUUCUUGUCUAAAAAAGAAAUUUUAAAGAAAAGAAAUAUUGAAUUUCAAACUUAUAUCUUGUAUGGUAACUAAGAAGACCCCGAGGAAAGUGUAAAACUGAACUUUUUGAAGGAUUAAAAUCAAAUAACCAGUUUGACUUUACUUUACUUACUUACUGUGAAAUGCGAAAUUGGGCUCGUUUAAAUUUAAUAACAACGUAACAUCUUACGUAUUCACGAGUAUAUGGACCUAACAGUAAAAUAACUUGCAAUAAACUUUUCCGUUUGUAAUAAUGAAGCGCAUUUGUAUACUCUAAUGACCAAAACAUGUUCAUUUAUAAUUUAUUUGCAUUUGCGUUCACACUUUAGUUUUUAAAGCUAGAAAAUAUAUCAUUUUUAGACACUCAAUUUUGCUUUUGAGGUCGUAUUUAUUGUUAUUACUGAGGUUAAUUGCGAAAUAAAUACUAUUUCGUAUGUAUAUAAAAAAGCAUGUAUGAAUUGUUAUAAAAGUAUGAAUAAAGUCAAAAUAAAACUUAUUUUUUGUAUGAAUUGAAUGCAUUUAGACUGCGUUCUAAACAACAACAAA